CGCUGACUAUCGACGCAUGCGUCGCGGCUCGAUAAACCUUCUCCCCCUGCCGUCGGAUCGAGGCGCCGCAUGCAGACGGGGUGAUGCGACUUGGAUUUUCAACAUCGAGACUCAACCCCGUGCUGAACUCUCAAUCUACAGAGAGACCAUUGCACUGUGCAUACUAAGUCUUCAGGGAUCGCGACAAGCUCGAUGACCUCGUUGACCUUCUUCUCUGGUCGUCACCCGGUAAGUCGAGUCGUCGUUAAGCCCGUUCUUGGUCGUCUUGGUCGUCAGCAGGGCCGGUAUGGAAACUCCAUACUCAGCAUACAUCAAGUAUGGAUUACUCCAUACUGACCAUACCGACGUCGCCGGCGGUUGUCUUCAGGGUCAGUAAAGUCAAGGUCUCUUCGAACCAUCGACAUCGGCAUCAGCAUCGGCAUACGGAUAGUUGGAACAGAAGUUACUUGGUCCCAAGUAGCUUGACAGGAAUCGGUUAGAGCUGGCAACGAUCGGUUGUACCGUUAAGUUGCGUUACAGGCACACAGCUGGAACAUUCGCACCUUGCGUCGACCUCUGUGUCUUUCUCUCACGCACGCUCGUGCCUCUCACUGUGUUUGUGAGUUGUGAGUCUACACGAGGACAGGCACACAUGCGAGCCUUUUUUUCCCCGAUUACGUCACGCUCUGUUGGUGCCCCUUUCACCUGGUGCGCAGCAACGUUCGUUAGCGGGGAGGAGAGACUGUAACCAGAUCGGGGGUACCCGGGGAAACCUUUCGAUUGUUAAACGAAGAGCGCAGGCGUUCCGUCGUCGUUACGUCUCUACGUUGAGGCUUGGCUCUGAUAGUCAGCGCAGAGAAGGAGCGAUCGAGCGCAGGCGUGAUAGAAACGUUGCGCACCAGCUUGGGUAUCUCGGUGUUUAUUCUACCUCGGUAUUCCACGGAUACAAUGCUUCCGUACCUACACAGACUAGCAGAGUUUCAGUACCGACGAGCUGGGCACGUUUGGAGCUCAACAUGGCGCCGGUCGCUCUGUAGCUUUUACGUCAAUAUCGCGGUUUAGCUGGAGCAACGCAAUUCGAACAGGCAUUGGAUUUGGAAAGCACGAUGCUUGACCAAGUGAGUGCGGAUAUUCGGUCUGGGGAGAUCGCUGCUUCUUUGCUCUUCAGUGUACUCGACUCGGAUAUGUUUGGAUUGCGUAUCACUCAAGAAUCCACUUGCAGUCCAUCUCGGUAAUGGUUUGGAAGAAUUUGAAAGACCUCAUCGUCGAUACUCAACACUGCGGGAAAAACGACUAAAGCAUAUUUCCCUCAACAGCGAUUCGCAUUCCAUUCCAGUGGCGGGAUAUUUUGAUCCUCGCGUAUAUAUACGCUAUAGUGACUGCAAGACAAAGUACCGGAAAACCUCGUAGAUCCUUCGCUCCGAUAAUAACGUAAAAUUCGUUUACAAAAGAGUAUAAAUUGCAACUGACCUAAGUUUUACCGUCAAACCCACAACCGCAUAGUCCGAAACCUAUUUCAGGUCGAAAUCCAUUACUAGCUACUUGGUCAUAAAUCACCUGUGAUGUUCGCCGGAAGUGAUAAUUUCGCAAUGUCAAGUACAUCAAGGACAUGCUUCACCUAGGUGAAGUACGAGCUUGCAGAUUACACGGUGAAUUGGGAAAGAGGGUCACGUGCAGCCCCUGAAAUAGUUACACGAAUUAAUCACUUACACGAAAUCCCGAGAUUUUGGUGUCUGAUCGCGAUUGUUGGAAAGAUAAAUUCCAAAUUCGAAUCAUGGCAGAAGAAGGUGCGGAGAUCCGCGAGUGCCUGAGCAGCUGGCUGGCCUAUCUUCAGACGCUGAACGGACUCUGCACCGCCGGUACGAAGCUCGCGCAUUCCCUGCAGGACCUCCUGUCGACUCACGAAGGCCACGACGCGUUGGCAGCAAGGUGCAAAUUGACUGGACAGUGUCUCGCCGGAUGGGAAGAGCUUACUCGGGCUACCAACGUCGCCAGUAACACCGUGAAGAACCAUGUCAGCCACGUGAUGGCGGCACUUGGAGAGGCUCAAGGUGGAACGGUCGACUCCCAAGAUAUCCUCUGCGACAAUUUACUGACCUUCAUCAAUCUACAGUAUCAGUUCUGCCUCGCUUGCUGCGAGUGCCUAGGUGGAAUGGCAGAGUGUUCCUGUUCUCGAACCGGAAGGUCAGAGUGCGAGGUGGCAGCUUUGCAGCGAUGUUUCGAGAGGCUGUACAGUCCUUCGGGGGGCUCUUCGUCCGGCGGUCAGCAGCAGGGGCAGCGAUCGCGUCUGCCUUAUCCGCUCUUUCCUCUGCAGGUUCAGAGGCGAUGGUCGGAAACCGCCGCCGCCGAGAUGUCGGGAUCUACGGUCGAGAACGCAACCAGACGGUGGUCCAUGCCUUGGGACUGUCGCCACGUAUCCGACUUCCUCGAGGCGCCCACCGCCCAUCAGAACAACGCCAGGACCAAGCUGAAGGUGCCUUCCAGUCAGGAACGAAGUCGAGCCGUCACCCCCGACUCGUCCUGGAAAUCAUCGACCAUGGCCAGUCAGGAUGGACUCCGGGAGGCCAUUCAGCUACUCUCGUGCAAACCGGGUAUCCGGCCAUCGGCCCAGCUGUAUCAUCCGAAUCAGCAUAUUCCAGAUGUCACUCUGACAACGUGUAGCUUCGAUAGAAACAGCGACUGUUCUAGCACCGCCUGGCUCGAUAAUCGAUCGAGUUUGAGGUACUGGCCACGAGACGCUGGCGACCACUCGGACCAUUCCGUUUCAGAACAGAGUGGAACCAGCGGAAGUGGUCACAGAGAUAGCAAGGACAGCAUCCACUCGCAGAGUGAUCAGAGUGGAAUCGGCCAGAGGGAAUCAGAUGCAGGGAUGAGCGAGGUGCUGGCUUCGAGGAAAAGCAGCUCGUCGACGGACUCGUGCCGAUCUGGUUCGGAGGGUGGCGUCGUCGGAGGGGAAUCCUCACGGUCCCAGUUAUACUCAAUGUGGAGCGGAGGCGACCUGCCCUUCAUCAAGCUCCCUGAAAACAGCGAACGAACCGAUAAAGAUCCUCCGACAUGAACGAGAUAUAUUUAGAACAUAUCGUUUGAACAAUCUCUUUUUAAUUAUGACCAAGUCGUCCUUCGCCGGUUGAAGGAAUGUUGUACAAUGUACAGAUUGUAUACAUCUAUAGCCUAACGCGUUAGUUACCCGUUUUAAAAACGGGAGGAUCGAUCCCCUCGCUGUUCUUGUUUAUACAACUACGUAAGAGUUAAAAUUUUUACUACCCGUACCUAUAUUAAUCUUGCCUCCCUCGAAGUGAAAACCAUUCGCUGCAGAGCAGAAAAUGUUUGUCAAAAUAAUUAUCGCUGGUGUGAAUUACAUAGAGUUAUAGUUGUGAACUCUAGUUUCGAAAAUCCUUCCGUUUCCUAUAUUUCACUUAUGAAUCGCUAACAUUUUCGUAAUAACAAGUCGCUUCGACAUGCUAAAAUCACUAAUUAUUUCAAAUCGUGCUCUGGAACUGAUACCAGCUAUUCUGGCGACCUCUGCGUUGAUUUGAAAUCAUGAAAAUGCUCGUUUAGAUGUUUUAUAUUGUAGUAGAAAAAGUUUUAUACAUCCGUUUAAAUCCAAGAUGUCCUGCGUGUACGUUUUUUAAUAUGUUUGAUAGACGUAAUGGUAAAUUCUGAUCGAGCCUUAUCGGCACAAAAUGAUAAUAUAUAUAUAUUGGACCUUCGAAUAGGUGUAACCUAUUUCUUUAUCAUUUUUAUUUUUUGACAGGAAAAUGACUAUGUGAAUCAUAUCUUGAACCAAUUUUUCACCUUGUAUCCGUGAAUCACAAACUAUUAUACAAAGUACAACACAUACCUCUACGAAAAAAAAAAUUGAAGUAUCCUUAAACGGUAAUUGUGUCGAUUGAUUAAUCCGUAUCUUUG